AUGAUGAUGAUGGAUGAUGAUGAUGAUGAUGAUGCGGAUGACGAUGAUGAUGAUGAUGAUGAUGAUGAUGAUGAUGAUUAUGACGAUGAUGAUGAUGAUGAUGAUGAUGAUGAUGAUGAUGAUGAUGAUGAUGAUGAUGCGAUGAUGAUGAUGAUGAUGAUGAUGAUGAUGAUGAUGAUGAUGAUGAUGAUGAUUUCGAGCUGA